AUGACUCAGCAAGGGGAUCUCUCGGUACAGUCCUCAGAACUGCAUCAAAUCGUCAAAGACACAGUGGCGGGAACCGUCAUCGAAGCACAGUUCUCCCCACCAAAGCCGAUUCUUUCCACCUGGGAAGAUAUUCAACGACCUGUUCGAUUGAUCAGCACGAGCCCAGGAGUCGAUUAUCUCGCAUGGGUCACCGAUGAAGAGAUCCUAGACAGGCCACUUGCGGCGAAUGAGAUCGAGAUUGAUGUCCAAGCUGUUGGGCUCAACUUCAAAGAUUUGCUAGUGGCCAUGGGGGAGAUCGACCAACCCGGCUUCGGACACGAAGCAGCGGGUAUAGCUGUCGGAGUAGGCUCCUCCGUGCGAACUUUCCAGGCUGGGGAUCGAGUGAUGUACCUAGGGGACCCUUCUCCGGGGAAGAUGGGUACGUUGCGCACCCGCAGCCGCACCCAUCCCGGGCUUGCGAUCAAGAUCCCCGACUCCAUGGGUUUUGAGAUCUGCCAAGACCUCUUGCAAGAAACAAUCCAGUUGUGGUCAAACGACGAGAUCCAAGAGGCUCGCCCAACCCAGGUCCUUGGUUAUGGCCAACUGAAAGAAGGGUUGCGCUUGCUACAGACCGGCAAGAGUAUCGGCAAGAUCACGCUUGUUCCGGGCACUCAUCCUGUUUCCGUCAUACCAGCGCCACUGCUGCCACUGGAGCUGGAUGCCAAUGCAUCGUUCAUCCUGGCGGGAGGUUUGGGAGGUAUCGGCCGUGGUAUCGCACUCAGGUUGGCUAGUCGGGGUGCCAAGCACCUCAUCUUCCUUUCACGGUCCGCACCCGUGCAUGAGGCAGGACAAGAGACGAUCGCCAAACUCAAGCUUUUCGGCUGUAAGAGCCAUGUCUUCCAAUGUGACAUCUCGGAUGAACCCCGUCUCCGUGAGGGAAACCGAAGCCAAGCCAACUACAAUGCCGGUAACAACUUCCAGGACGCCCUGGCCCGUCACCGUGUUUCCAAGGGGAUGCACAGUGCCCGUGUCAAUCUCGGCGCAGUCGUGGGCAUUGGAUUCAUUGCGGAGAACGUAGAAUACGUUGGAAAACACACGUUUAAGAUGGCCAAUUCCCAGACGGGGGACGAGGUCCUCGCCGCCGUCGAGUACCUGAGCGAUCGACGAAACCACACGAGUACGACGACCACCACCCGGCGUAGUCGCGAUACGGCCCAGCUCGUCUGUGGUCUCCGCACCCCGGCGUCAUACAGCCUCGGGAACGAAGACCAGCCGACGCAUCUCCGGUACCCCAUGUUCGCCCAGCUCUCACCCGCACUCUCCAAGGCCGGUGGUGGUACCGGUGCGGGAUCGGCAACCGCACCCUCGGCAGCCCACCUUCGCAACCACCUCAAGGCAGCUACCACGGCUGAGGACGCGGCGAGGAUCAUUUACAAGGCGGUGCGGCGCAAGGUGGCGGAUCUGCUGAACGUCGCCGAGGACUCCUUCGACGACAGCCUCAAUGUCCGCGCCAACGGGGUCGAUUCGCUGAUCCAGAUGGAAUUCCGGACCUGGUUCGCUAACGCCAAGGAGCUGGGAACUGUCGUGCCGUUGAAGGACUUGGCCAAGGACCUGACCCAGUUGAGCGCCAGACUUGUGUCCCUGAGCUCGUUUAGCAAGUUUCGGUGA